AUGGCAGUUAAAGGUAUCCUCUAUACCCGCCCUGUGUAUUCCCUUCCCUGUGUUGGUGGUGCAAAGACAAACAAGGGUAGAGGUGUCACUUCAAGAGAAGAGGCCAAUCAGAUGUCUGGCUGGCUGCAUCCCAAAGGAAGCUUGGUGCCUCUUUGCAUGGAUGACCUGCUGCUUUCAAAUAGCUGUAUCCCCUUUUUGGGUUCAUCAGAAGGACUGGAUUUCCAAACUCUUCUGUUAGAUGAAGAGAGAGGCAGAUUGCUCCUAGGAGCCAAGGACCAUGUCUUCCUCCUCAGUCUGGUUGACUUAAACAAAAAUUUCAAAAAGAUAUAUUGGCCUGCUCCAAAGGAACGGGUGGAGUUAUGUAAAUUAGCCGGGAAAGAUGCCAACACUGAAUGUGCAAAUUUCAUCCGAGUACUUCAGCCCUAUAACAAGACUCACAUUUAUGUGUGUGGAACUGGAGCAUUUCAUCCAAUAUGUGGAUAUAUUGAUCUGGGAGUCUACAAGGAGGAACUCAUAUUCAAACUAGAUACAUAUAACUUGGAGUCUGGCAGACUGAAAUGUCCUUUUGAUCCUCAGCAGCCUUUUGCUUCAGUAAUGACAGAUGAGUACCUCUACUCUGGAACAGCCUCUGAUUUCCUUGGCAAAGAUACUGCAUUCACACGGUCCCUUGGGCCCACUCAUGACCACCAUUACAUCAGAACUGACAUUUCAGAGCACUACUGGCUCAACGGAGCAAAAUUUAUUGGAACUUUCCCCAUUCCAGACACUUAUAAUCCAGAUGAUGACAAAAUAUAUUUCUUUUUUCGUGAAUCAUCUCAAGAAGGCAGUACUUCUGAUAAGACCAUCCUUUCUCGAGUUGGAAGAGUUUGUAAGAAUGAUGUUGGAGGACAACGCAGUCUGAUAAACAAAUGGACAACUUUUCUUAAGGCCAGAUUGAUUUGCUCAAUUCCUGGAAGUGAUGGAGCAGAUACUCAUUUUGAUGAGCUUCAAGAUAUUUAUUUGCUCCCCACAAGAGAUGAAAGAAAUCCUGUAGUAUAUGGAGUCUUUACCACUACCAGCUCCAUCUUCAAAGGCUCUGCUGUUUGUGUAUAUAGCAUGGCUGAUAUCAGAGCAGUUUUUAAUGGUCCAUAUGCUCAUAAGGAAAGUGCAGACCAUCGUUGGGUGCAGUAUGAUGGAAGAAUUCCUUAUCCCCGACCUGGCACGUGUCCAAGCAAAACCUAUGACCCAUUGAUUAAGUCCACCCGAGACUUUCCUGACGAUGUCAUCAGUUUCAUAAAACGGCACCCAGUGAUGUACAAGGCCGUGUACCCCGUGGCGGGAGGACCAACCUUCAAGCGAAUCAAUGUGGAUUACAGACUGACACAGAUAGUGGUGGACCACGUCAUCGCAGAAGAUGGCCAGUAUGAUGUAAUGUUUCUUGGAACAGACAUUGGAACAGUCCUAAAAGUUGUCAGCAUUUCAAAGGAGAAGUGGAACAUGGAAGAGGUUGUACUAGAGGAGUUACAGGUAUUCAAGCACCCCACAACCAUCUUGAACAUGGAGUUAUCCCUGAAGCAGCAACAAUUGUACGUUGGUUCCCAAGAUGGAUUGGUUCAGCUCUCCUUACACAGAUGUGACACUUACGGGAAAGCUUGUGCAGACUGCUGUCUUGCCAGAGACCCCUACUGUGCCUGGGAUGGAAAUGCCUGCUCUCGAUACGCACCCACUUCCAAAAGACGAGCUAGACGCCAAGAUGUUAAGUAUGGAGAUCCAAUCACCCAGUGCUGGGACAUAGAAGACAGCAUUAGUCAUGAAACUGCUGAUGAAAAGGUGAUUUUUGGCAUUGAAUUUAAUUCAACCUUUUUGGAAUGUAUACCUAAAUCUCAACAAGCAUCUAUUAAGUGGUAUAUCCAGAGGUCAGGAGAGGAGCAUCGAGAGGAGUUGAAACCUGAUGAAAGAAUCAUCAAAACGGAAUAUGGGCUACUGAUUCGAAGUCUGCAGAAGAAGGACUCUGGGAUGUAUUACUGCAAAGCACAGGAGCACACUUUUAUCCACACCAUAGUGAAGCUGACUUUGAAUGUCAUUGAGAAUGAACAGAUGGAAAAUACCCAGAGGGCAGAGCAUGAGGAGGGGCAGGUCAAAGAUCUAUUGGCUGAGUCACGGUUGAGAUACAAAGACUACAUCCAAAUCCUUAGCAGCCCAAACUUCAGCCUUGACCAGUACUGCGAACAGAUGUGGCACAGGGAAAAACGGAGACAACGAAACAAGGGCAGCCCAAAGUGGAAGCACAUGCAAGAAAUGAAGAAGAAACGAAAUCGAAGACAUCACAGAGACCUGGAUGAGCAUUUUAGAGCUAUUUCUACGUAGUUUCUAUUUAAUUUUCAAAGAGAAUUAUAUACCU